CUUUGUGCGUGUGGAUCGUCGUACAGGAUAAUUAUGCCAAACGUGCAUCGCGAGUAAGUUUUAGAAUCUAGUCAAGAUGGGUAACGAAGUGUCCCGGGGAGACCAGGGCUACGACGAGGAGGAGCCGGGAUUCCGGGACCGGCUGCGCGGGUGGAAAAACCGCAUCUUAAAACGCACCCUCACCCCGACGGAGCCCAGUACGGCAAUACGAUUGACCAAACUGCGACAAAGCAAACCGGAAUGCUACCUCGCCCGGACCAACUUUUUGCUGCCGAAAUUGGCGAACCUGCGGGUCAUCAAAGCGCCGGUCACGAGGGAUUGGCAGCUGCACCGGAAGCGAACGCUGGGCACAGGUUAUUUGCUUUGAAGAAUUUAUCGUGUGGUCUUUUCGAUCAGACUAGUGCAACGGAAGCUUGAAACCUUCUCAAAGUAGUGCGUUUUGUGGUAAGUACACUCUUGUAGCGUUGCGGAAAAAUUGAUUUGAAAAAAGAAUUCAAACGAGUACGAAAGCUAUCACAACCUAAUUCGAGGUUUCUCCGGCGCCGUGGUUCUAGCGGAGCACAAGGUGACCGGGCAGCGUGCCGCGGUCAAGGGGUUUGCGAAACAGAAGCUUGCGACCGAUGAGCGGCGGUUGGAGAUGCUGCGCGAGGAGAUCAAUGUGUACUUGUCUCUCGAUCACCCGAACGUUUGCAAACUUCUCUACGCGUACGAGGACCGGUACCACCUCUGGCUGGUGAUGGAGCUCUGCGCGGAAGAAUUGUACGACCGGCUGUGCAACCUGGGGGUGUUCACAGAAGAGGAAGCGGCGCACGCUUUGUCCCAGAUGUUCCUCGCGGUCAAUUAUUUGCACUCCUACAACAUCGUCCACCGCGAUUUGAAGCUGGAAAAUUGGAUGUACAGCCUGCCUAGUACAGUGGUUCCGGCUCCUUCGCAGCAGCAGCAGCAGAGAACGUCUUCAAGAGCGUCAGGUGCUGGAGGAACUAGCUCAUCUUGUGCUGGCAAUAGUUGUUCCAUUUCCACCCCGGCGGGGGGAUCAGCUGAUGGAACUACAAGUGGAACCGCAACGAACAGUACACACAAAUCCACCUCCGGAAACAGCAGUGCAACAUCAAAUCCGCCGCGCCGCAGCAACAGCGGGAAACCGCCGCCAGCGCCAAGUACAACGAGCACGACAAAUCACAACUCCACGAGCAAGCAGCAAAACUCUUCGACUUCCAGCAGCAGCAGCGCAAGUUCCCCCUCAUCCUCCUCCACGGAGCACCUGAAGUUGAUUGAUUUUGGGUUUAGCAAACGUGUCCGCUCCGCCGGCGACAUUUUGGAGCUCCCCUGCGGUACCCUGCACUACGCGUCCCCCGACGUGCUGCGACGCAGCUACAACCGAAAGUGCGACACGUGGAGCAUGGGGGUGAUCGCCUUCAUGCUGCUCACCGGGUCGCCGCCCUUCACGGGAUCCAGCAACCAAUCGGUGAUCGAAAAGAUCCGCAGCGGGCGGGUGCGUUUUAACACCAGAUGGCAAAAAUUGAGCCGGACCGCCCAGAAUUUCGUUCUGUGCCUGCUCGACGUGGACCCGGAGCGGAGGUUGUCCGGGGAAGCGGCGCUGCAGCACGAUUUUCUGCGCCCAUAUUUCCACCGCCAAUCCGUGACCGCGAUGCAGGGAAGGUUACACGGGGUUCUGGACAAUUUGCGGAAGUUCGCGUCCGGAUCCCGGCUGAUGCGCGCCGGGCUGCUGAUGCUGGCCUACCGGCUGUCCUCCGAAGACACGGCGGAUCUGAUGGAGCUCUUCUUCGUCAUGGACCGAUCCGGGCGGGGGACCCUGCGGAUCCACGACUUCGCAGAAUUGCUGCGACGGUUGGAACCGAACAUUGCCACGUCCGAAAUACGGGAACUGUUCACGGCAAUAGCGACGGACACUCCGGGGAAGGUGCGGGAGGUGUUUUACUCGCAGUUUGUCGCGGCAAUGUUGCAAAGGCACUGCUGCUUGCCGCAGAGGCACGGGGAACAGCUGAAACAGGUAUAGAGCUGCACUUUGCUCAUUUAAGUAGAUUUUUUGAGUGUUGCGCGCAUCUGCCUUUUGUACCCCUCUCAACGGACUGCAACGAGCUACAACGUCUUGGUCACGUCGUGUUCCAUUUUUCCCAUCCGACCUUUCCUCAACCUUUGCAGAUCUUCGACACUCUCGCGUACAAGCAGGACGGGCAGCUGAGCAACGAGCAGCUGCGCGACGUACUCCUACACGACGCCGAGGGGAUGAUUGCCGAGGCUGAUCUGACCGGGAAGGGCACCAUUGACUACCAGGAAUUUCUGGCCGUCGUGUGCCAACAGAACAAAAGCCUUAACCGGAUCUCGCAAACGAGAAUCUCCUCGAUUUCCACCAUGGCGAGCUUGACGGUGCAACAAACUUCCACGGAAAAGGUCGGGUCUCCCGGGGAGGUGGACGAAGAUGCGUCGACGACUGCUGGGUCGGCGUCCGGGUCCAGCUCCCCCGCGGAGGAAAUCGCAAGCGAAGCAACGGGGAGUCCCAGCAGCGAAGAAGCUUCGACGUCAUCCUGUUCUGGUCAUCGUGCACAGCCCGACGUGCAAGAUCCGAGGAGAACAGAUGGUGGAUCACAAAGCAGUAGUAGACCAUCGGGCGGACGAGGAGAACAGGACGACGCCGAGAACGUUAACAACUCGCUCGAGCAAGAAGGUGAUCGAUCAAGCAGCAUUUCCUGGUCGGAUCUGAUGCGGGUCUCGGCUUUCGCGAGGGUCAGCGAGUUCGAGAACGGCCGCGCAAGUAGCUCCUCUUCUUCUUCUGACCCGUUCGGAGAUCAGGCGAUAGUAGCUCGGUCCUCUUCGCAAGAGAGCUGUAUCACAACAGCCUUCGAGGAAACAAGUCACAACUCUUUAGGCGGCACGAGAAAUAACAUGCCUGCUGUGCGGGCAACAAGCACCGGCUCUUCCGGCAGGGAGACCACAAGUUGUAACCGGAAAAGCGACAUGCGCCACAGCCUCGCGCCGGUUCCCGAAGACAGCGCGGACGAGUCUUCAAGUGGGCCGCUUGCUGGUGCUGGUGAGAAGAAUCUCCGGCGCGGGAUUUCGGAAACAGUUUUGCCCGAAUCGCGGUCCUCAACGAGGAGAACCACGCGAGUCACCACAAGCCGUCCAUCCAAGGAGCUGCAGCGCGGCGAAACUUGGCAGGAAGACCGAAUCUCCCCCACCGACGAUGAGGAGGAGGACGAUGAGGAGGACGCACGAAGCAGGUUAGAUACUUCCAGAGAGGCUGCUGACCAGCCUGAUGCAGGUCCUGCAACGUCGAAUAACAAGCAUCGCGACAGCCAGCAGAGUUGCGCCACUUAUCAUUUUCGACCCACGACACGCUUCUCAGCGUACUCGAGCACAGCAAGCUGCUCACAGCAGGCCCUGGCGAAGAAUCCCUUCGAAACGGAAGAGCUGGCCGCGCGCUUGUCGGCCCUUGUGCAAUAUCAAAUGUAAAAAUGUAGUCUGGGUCUGGAAAAGUGUAGACUUGUCAUGCAGAUUUUUCAUGACCCAUGAGGUCUGGAAUGCGGGACCUAGCAUGACAGACUCUACGAGGUCUCCGCCAUGCCUGUCCUGCAUGAGAAACUCCCUUCCAACUUGGUCAAAAGUGGCCAGCUUUUGGCACUCAUGCAACACAGAUUUUUGCAUGCUUCAGAUUUACCAUGACAAGUUGCAAUCUUCCAGACCCAGACAUUUCUGCAAUCCAUAUGCAGCGAAUUUCCUCCUCGUCUUCGCAGGGCCAGGGCUCAGCGAGUUCCUCCUCCGCGGCGCAAUCUGUGAACAAAACGCAGCAAGAGGAUAGUAGUACCUCAGUGGACACGGACCGGUUGAUCGCUUCGCUUGGAGCGGGUCCCACGGAGACGGGGAUGUGCUUUUCGGCUGUUGUGGAUGACAGGUAUAGAAAGGCUUGGAGUUACGGUCACACAUGUUUAUGUCUCUCAAGAGGUUGAUUUUGUGCACACACCGAUCAUUUCCACGCUUUACCCUAAUUUCCGUAAAUCAUGUUACCUAGCGCCGUCACCAAUUUGAUUUCACAGCAGCCACGGGAAGAGCUCGUCCUCGACCACCGCCCGUGCCCCUCAGUGGACGGCGAAACGACCGAGUAAAACGGAAGCAGACCACCAUUCCACGAGUACAACGGAUAGGAGAAGCGUCCGGGAGGACGGUGUCGAAGAUGAGCGGCACCAGGACGAUACAGUGUAUCCGCCACGGGAUGAUGAAGAUGAUGAUGUGUAUCCACCAAGAGAAAUGAUCGGAGAACACCAGCAGGAACAACAACACGGAAGCUGCGCUAGUUCAUCUUCGUCCUGCAAUAGAAGCAGCAUAACAACAACACUUCACCAAUCAUCUAACUUGCCGAAUGCAGGCGGCGAUCAGACCACUUCAAGAAAACAUCAUCAGCACCAUGACUAUGGUGGCGCUGCUGGUGGUUCUACGAAUGCAACCGGCAGUAGUGCAACUUCAACUGCAACUUCAUCUGCUCCUCCCCGCGCAACGUUGCCGAGCCCUACCUGCACCUUCCGGAGUUCGCCCCUCUCUGAGUCGCGGGGCACCCGGGCUACCUCCCCGGCCUGCGCCACCACGCCGGACGACGAAUCGAACCAGCAACGCACCCCAAAUCCCUACCGGAAGUACCGCCGGGUGGCAUCUUUGGUGUUGCAGUUUCAACCCACGUCUUCUGCAUCUUCUGCUGUUGUGCCAGAGGGUAGUUGUUCUGGUGCACCAGUGGCCCCCGCAGCGGCAACUACAUCUUCUUCUGCUCGGCAGUCAAGGGCCGGUGGUGCUUCUAUUUCGCCCGCGGACAUUGUGCUAGACCUAGGUGUAGUUGAUGUACCGGCUGCCGACGAAAAGCGGGCCAGCGUUGGCGCACAACCACUAUCACUUCCGCCAGUACCGCCGCAGCCGGAUGACUCCAGCCUGAGCAAGGGAAUCAGCGGCAUCGCGCCUGCGGGCGGUCCGUCGUCUCGGCGGUCCAGUAAGGCGUCGACUGUCGUCGGAAGCAGCCGGAAGUCGACGGGAAACAAAAUCUCGACGACGGCCUUGCUCCCGCGCCAACGCUCCGGAAGCGUACCGUCUCGGGGUAUCGGCAUCGUUUCGGUGCCCUGCCGACGAUCUAUGUACGAAGCAGGGCAUCCGAGCGUUGCUGAUGACAAUGUGGACGAGUUUAACGGUGCUCUCGGUGAGGAGGAAGGUCAGUGAGGUAGACUUCAUCGCAAGGGACCAUGGGAGGACGUGUCAGGCUAAGGAGGACCGACCACUAGUAUCGCUAAAACUGCGUCUCGCGUCUUAGAUUUGAGGCUCUCAAGAACGAUACCACGUUUGCCAACUGCUUCGAGUUGUGAAGCAUUUUUUUGUUUGAAGGACAUCAAUUGAGAUUGACCACCUCUGUUUACUACGUUUUUUUGGAGAUUGCUGGUUGCGCAAGUAGCGUUGUAGAUUUCGCUGCGCGUCGCUGGCAUGCUCAACAUCAUGAACACAUUUUCCACCACCUAUUCGCCCUGUAUUAGAAAUUUUUGGUUACAGUUCCUUCAUCUGCUUUAUUCCGUGCGCCGUUCGUUGCUCUUUACCUGAAGCACGGAUCGCGAGCAAGUUUGUUCCUUUGUUUCAUCUUCAUCUUUUACUGAAGGAUUUGGAUACUUUUUGAAGGUUUUCGUUUCUUUUUGUUUCUCUCUCCGCAUUUCAUUUUCCUUUUUUGUGCGCGAUUGUUUCUUCUCGACAAAGAUUGGCCGCUCAGAUUAUGGGUAGACUUCUUGUUUUUGUCGAGAAGACAGGCACUCGUAGCGCUUUGGAAAUUAACGACCGUCAUUUGUACUUGCUUUGUAGCGACUUUUUGGCUUAGCGCGACUCUUGUAACAAUUUGCUGUGAAAAAUAGACUAGGGCAGCAGCAGAAUGGCAACUUUAAAUCUAGCGAGGAAUGACGUUCUGGAAGUUGAAGUAACUUGCAGUCCGUAUCACGACAGAGGGCAGCGGACUCGGAGUCAAUGACACGAAAAGUAAACCGUGAUGACAGUGCUUCUCGCGGAUUCAUUAUUUUCCAGUUUUUGGGGCGGAGAAAGGAACAAAAAAAAAUUGAGGAGGACCAGGAAUA